AUGGAUGAAAUCUUGAGCAUGUCUUUAGGAGGCAUCCCUUUAGAAGAGCUAAGGCAUGUUCCUUCAUAUUGUGUUCAGGACAUAGAUAUUAAAUUAAUCCCAACUGGUCCUAAAAAAAUUUUUAGUUUUGAAAAUGAUUUUUCAACAUGA